AUGGUGGCAUGGCUGGUGCUGGCUCUGCUCCUGCACAAAGCCCCACCGGCCACAGCCCGUGCCACCGUGAAGGUGACAGGAGUGGUGGGGAGAGCCGUGACUCUGGGAGCCGACGUCCCCCCAGGGUUCCAAGUCAGGGAUGCCAUCUGGAGGUACCUGGCGCCAGCAGAAGAGCUAGUGGCCACCUACUUCAGGGGCUCAGCGGAGACCCUGUACCAAUCCCGUUUCUAUGGGCGGAGCCGGCUCCACGGUAACCUCACCCUGGAGAUCAGUCCGGUGGAACUGGGAGAUAGCGGCACCUUCUCAGCCCUGCUGGUGAACACACGAGGACAGACGGAGACGCGCGUGCUGCACCUGGCCGUCUAUGAAGUGGUUUCCCGGCUGACACUGCAGGUGUUCACAUCAGAGAGCAGCCGCAGUGGUUCUGCGAGGGUCUGUGAGGUGUUCCUGACCUGUGUGGCGGCUGGUGGCACCAACGUAACCUACAGCUGGGACAGGACGGAUGGCGAGGUGCUGAGCAUGGACAAGCACUCUCUCUUUGAGGCUGGCCUGGUCCUAUGGGCUAAGCUGGACCCCUCGGAUAGGCAGGUGUCCUACACCUGUACUGCAGCCAACGCUGUCAGUCGGGAAUUAGCUACCAUCGCACCCUGGGAACACUGCCAGAGGGAAGCAGGUUCGGAAGAUGCCGUGUACGACUAUAGGAACAUCCUGCUCAUUGCUCUGCCCCUCUCUGUCCUGGUUCUGGCAGGGGCUGUCUUCGGGCUCCUUCUCUCUUGGAAGUGCUCAGGGAAGCAAAGAACGAAACCACUGUUCGACGCCUCAGAGUCUGACGCGGCCUCUGUCUAGGAAUUGACACUGCGUGCAGAGCAGAGGCGUGUCCUUUUGGGAGAGCAGCCCUCCUUUCUCUUUGUCGCUGGCGAGGCAGAAAGCCCACAUUCUCUUUUCUUCUGGAGAACUUCUCAGGGGGCUGCCAGCUUCCAUUGACAGCUGGGUGACUGUGAGAGUCACUGUGGGUCAGGAUCCCAGCACAGACUUGCUUUCGGCCACAGAACCAUUAACCAGCCCUCAGAGCAGUCACUCGCCCUUUGCACCGUGUUUCUCUCUCAGUUCCCCACAGACCCCCA